AGUUCUUGUCGCAUAUCUUAAGAAUAUACAUAAUAAUGUAUACAACUGACUUGUAAUAAAGGUUAUAUGGUAACAUCGGUUCGACUACGAGACCCACUACCACCGCUGCAGCCUUUUCUGCAUACGUUUUCAAUCUUUCAUCGUUGCAGUAUCAUUAUUUUCGGGCGAAUUAUAAUAAUAUAGCAGUAAUAUCGAUAUAACAUUUGUAUAUUACAUAUUAUAAUAAUAUACUGCAAGCGAGUGGCAGAUACCCGAACGCUCCUUCUCCUUUCGUUUCUCGACGUCGGCGACCGAACGACGAUAUUAUAGCGAAGGCGUGCGACGCUGUUACACAACGCUUCGGCCUCGACGGCCACCACCACCAUCACCGCCGCCGGUACUACCUCCUCAGCCACCGCCACUUCCACCGCCGCCGCAUUCGACCAUUACACCGUACAGACAUUGACUCCGCAGUCUUAGCCAGCGUACGGCGAUCCAAAGAAGUUUUUUUUUUUAUUAGUGUACAUGACGACGGUACCAGUUGUAUUUUCUGUGCAUGGUUCGAAUGUAACGCGUGUGAAUUUAUUAGUAUUGUAAUACAACCGUUAGUGCGUCUCUUGAGUGAAAUCAAAAAUACCUUAUCGAGCAAGAAACAACCACCAUCUUUAUAUAUUGCACACUACAAACAUCAACCUAUUAUCGACAUCGCCAGUGGUCAAGAGUUCCAGAAGGUUGUAAGGUCAUUGCCGCUGACACAUAAGUUCAGAAUGUUCGUUGCCAAGCGAACUCCACGUAGAAAUGAAGAUGGUGUCACCGCCACCACAUGUCUAUGACGAAAUAAUCUGCACUAUAUAAUGUAUUGGAUUCAUCAUCGGAAUCGAGGAAAACACCUGUGCACGAUAUUUAUUGCAUGACGUACUACAAGUUUUGUUUAAAAGUAUGAAACGAAACACAAUUUAUCCAGAACACAGUUUAACAAUGUCGGUAUUGGUCAUCGUCUUCUCUGCUACUUUACUGGCUUUUGCGGGAACAACAACAGCACAAGGUCAACAGCAGAGAUUCUUUUUGCCUUCAUCCAAUAAUGGAAAUUUCGCUCUACCUCGAGUACAAUUUCAAGAAGAUGCAAAUAGUGAUGAACUGAUUUUGCCUCAACGUAGACUAUCUUCUGCCGAUCCUUUACCAUUAUCUAACCCUAGUUCAUCGAGUUUUUUUUCAUCUCAACAACAGCUUCAACCAGGAACAUUUACAAACUCUGGACCAUUUUCACGGCCACCGAAUGUCCAACCAUUUAUUUUAAAUGGACAACAAACUCAGUUUCAACCGCUUCGAACCUCCGGUUCUUUAAGUUUCGUUGAUGCUGUUUCACCACCAUCGUUCUUUCAACAAGCACCACAGCGUCCACCAUCAUCACCACCACAACAACAACAACCACUAACACAACAGCAGUUUAAUUUUUUUCCAAGUAAUUCUCAACAACAACGAUUUCGACCAGCUUUACAACAAAAACAACAACAACGAACGGAACAACCAGAUUCUACAGAUAAUUUUGAUGAACGUCAAAAUGCACAACCCUCAUUAAUAUUACAACAAUCAAGCCAAGAAAGUUUUAAUAGUGAUACUUCUCGUCGUCCGUUAUCACAAACUAACGGAGUGAUACCAGCUUCUAGAAAUCCUUCACCUACAGGACCCAUUAGAUGGUGGAAUCCUUCAACGGACUCAGAAUCAGUGGCCGCAAGUGAUGGUGACACGGUAGAUGGAAUUAAUACAAAAGAUGAUACUGUAGAUUUAACCCAGCAAAGACAAAACCAACCACCAAAACGUGGACGUGGUCAACCACAACAAGCUAAGAGAAGACCCUUAACUACACCUGAGCCAUCUUCAAUUAUUAACCUAGAAGAACAACAAGAACCAGCUGCUAUUGGUUUUACAGUGAUACAUGAUGAGACUGAUGAUCGACCGUCGUGGUCUCAACCAAUAAUUACCACACAUAGACCACAACCGGGACCAAAUGCUUUUAGAAAUAGAAACCAACCUACAGUAGUUUCAGGAUCGGUGAUAAAUCGGAGGCCUACUACCCUUAGUCCAUUAUCUAUUAUAGAAUCUUCUUCUACGACUAUACGAUCUGCUUCUCAGCAACCUUCAGCAUUAUUUGGAACAGUUAAUAGGCAACAAACAACUACUGUAAGAAGUAGAAAAUCGUCCUUGUUUCCUACAACCACUACUACAAUGAAUACAUUAGAUUACGAACAGGAAGAAGAAGAUGAAGAAGAACAAACGGUAGAAGAAAAGCCUCAAUUUCAACCACGAAGGUCUACAACAACAACACAACCACCUACAGUUCCAAUUACUACGCUGAGAACUGCUCUAAGACCAAGAAUAAAUUCUCUAACGACUUCGAUCCCACAACAACAACGAAUGAAAAAGAUUGUUAACAAUCCAGCAAUAAUUCAAAGCAUAACCACUAGAAAACCACCAAUAACAAGUACUACUACAUUAGCUCCUACAACUACUACAGAACAACAAAUAGACGAAUACGAAGAAUAUGAAGAUAUAGAACAUACAACAACAGCUUUUACGACAACUGAACUACCAUCAAAUAAAAAACAAACAAAAACUCCAUUUGUAAAUCAAUCGACCACAGUAACAAUAAAUCAGAAAAAUAAUAAUAAUUCAAUAGCAACUACUGAAAGUUGGGUUGUAGUCGCAAGUGUACAAACUAGUAGAUCAGUUUCAUCAUCAUCGUCAAUGGUGGGAGGUGGAACAAAUAAGAAUCAUUCUGUGCAAGAGUUAAUUACGUCUACAGCACCUAGCCCUACAACGAAACACAGGUUUAAUAAUAAACCUGCAAUAACAACUACUAGCACAACAACAGUAGAAAGUAUCAUUGAUAAAUUAGAUAGAGUUCAAUCGGAACUUUCAAAUGGUAUUUUGUACGGUAGCUCUUCUAAUACAAACAAUGGUAGCCGUAUUUUGACUGAUAUGCAGAGUAAUGGUAACAAUGAUGAUAAACGAAAUGAUGAUAUAUCAUCAUUUACAACUCCAACCACUGAAAAAACAACCAAGACUUUGACAAGUACUUUGGUUCCCACAACCACUACCAUAAGUACCACUAUUACUUCUAGUUCUCCAAUCACUACCACAUCUACUAGCACUACUAGUGCUCCUAGUACUACUAAAAAAUCCGAGAAAGAAGAAGAUGAGGACGAUGAUAAAGAAGAAGAAGAAAAAGAAGAAGAAUCGGACGACUCAGAUAAAGAAACAACGUUUGUUCGAAAAUUUGUACCUUCUAAACAGAGAACUACUACUGUUGCUUCCAUUACUACAACUAGUACAGUUAAAUCUUCAAUUCCAGGUGGAAAGAAAAAUAGAUUAAUAGAUUCUGUUAAGUUUGACGAUUUAUUAACUAGUGGAUUACUUCCCGCUGGAUUUAACCCAAAACCACCUCCAGCAUAUAAAUCUAAGACGAUUACAACCACAACUGAAACACCUUUACCAGUUACUAAUAACAUAAGUAGUUCUCAACAAAAAAAUAUUAGUAGUAGUACUUCUACUAAUACUACGCCUAGUACAACUACAACAAAAACAAAAUCAUCAGGUUUGAAUAUUAAAUUUGUGGAUGAUUCAUCAGCAUUAGCUUCGCUAUUACCACCAGGUUUUAAACUAGAAAAUAUUAAACCUGUCGAAGUCUUGUCACCUUCUUUACUACCACCAGGGUUCAAAUUACCAACUGAAAAUGAUGAAACUACUAAUAAAAAUAAAGAACAAGAAUCGAUUACAACAACUGUUGUACCAACGACUGACGUUCCGUCAACUACUACAACAACAACAAUUGCUAGUAGUACAUCAGGAAUAGUUUUUCCUAAUAGUGGAAAAGGAACAAAUAACUCUGGAACUAGAAAACCAUUGCCUUCUAGUAAAAAAAUGCAAGCUGCAGUUACUGUGGCACCUACUAUUCAAAAGGGAUGGCCAGUUAGGGUUGUUACUGAGUUCACUGGCUGGUCUACUCCAUCAACAACGCCAUUAUCUAUUGAAAAAUUGUUACAACAGUCUAAAGCAGCUGAAUUAGCUGCUAUGACAUCUACUUUAGAGCCAACUACAAGCACUACAACUACUACAACGACUACCACAACUACUAUGAAACCACCUCCAACUACAACACCUGGUCAAUGUUCUGAAAAUGAUUCAGUAUGUGAACUUGUUGGUACAGUACGAUUAGUUGGUUCUGGAUCAGAGAAAUGGGUACCUGAGUUAUUAGACCACAAUACUCCAGAAUGGAAAUUACUAGCAAGUGAAAUUGAAACUCAAUUAGAUAAAGUAUACAGUAAAUCACCGGCAUUGAGUAAAUGGUAUAAGACAAUAACUAUUGAUUCAUUCAGCCCUGGAAAUAAUGCAAUCAAUACUGGAAAACCCGAUAAAAAUGCUGGAGUUCUUGUUGAUUUCUUCGUGCAACUUAAUCAACUUGGACGUACAGUCAGUACUGCUGAUAUUCGACGUCUAUUUCAUGAAACAUUACAAAAAGAAGGAAACCUAGGAUCAUCCGCACAACCAUUACAAUACGGAAAUGGUGGCGAUUAUGAAGGCCUUUAUUUAAAAUUAGGAAGGUUUACUGUUGACCCAGCACGUACAGACUUUAUAGUAUUGCCUAAACCUACUAGAAGUGUGACAGCAACCGCUGGAACCGAUGAUGCGUGGUUACCACAAUGGGCUGUAGCUGUCAUGGUUAUUGGACUUGCUUCAUUACUUUUCGUAUUAAUAUUUGGGAUAACAGUGCUCGUAAGUCGUAAUAAAAACAAUAAAAAAAUACCUCCACCGACUUUGCAAGCAUCCAUGAUGUCUGAUGAUCAAAAUCAACACAUUUAUGGCACGGGUAAAAAUGGCCCAACUACUGGAAGUCGUCAUAUGAUGCAUCAUCCACCAUCCCAUUCCAAUUCCAACUAUAACAUUAGUUCAUAUGGUUACGAUAAUUAUGCGAUUGAUGAUGACAUGAUGAUGUUAGAUGAAGACGAUUUAGAAGACGUGGAUCGUUUGUACGACAUGGAUGCUGUUUGGUCCGAUCAUGACCACGAAAAAUUCAAAGUUCCAGCGAAUAUUGCGGGGAAAAAGCACCGAGACACUCAACAUGGGGGCCAUUAUGAUAGUUGGCGAUCAACAGCGUUGUCUCCUCAGACAUUAACACCAGUUCAAACUGGAUAUUAUACUGGUGGUGGAGGUUAUGGUUACGGCACAGAUCCAAGUGGUUACGGAGCUGAAAGACGGCAUUAUCACAGAGAAGCCGCGUCUGUUGGGAAUGCACGAUCGCAUCAUCAUUACCCAAGUUCUCACCAUAAUCCUAACGCUUCUUAUACGACUGGACCGAGGAAACCACCUCAGCAGUAUCACCCCGACUACGACACCGAUUUUUAAUACAUUUUUAUUCGUUUCUUAAACGUAAUUUUCAGUUGCCAUUUAGAUUGAUGCCUAUUAGGAAUUUCCAGUAAUAAAUUUAAAGAAUUACUGUGUACAUAAUAAUACUCGCUCAUUUAUUAUUUUUAUAUUAUUUUUUUUAUUACUUUAUUUAAAAUAAUUUAUAGAUAAUAAAGUUAUAGGUACUAUCUCUUCGAAGUGAAUCAUAAUUUAAUCAAUUUUAUAUAACGUAUAACUCUAGUCAAACAACUGCUGAAAGUAAAUUCAAUUGUAUGACAAAACUAUUCGAAUGAAAUAUUAUGUGAUUUUAUACUUAAUUUUUAUACCUCUUUAGAUUUUUUUCAUUUUACUGUAUUAUUAAACAAUUUAUUAUGUGUAUAUUUUUAUUUAAAAAAAUUACCUUAUGAAUUUAAGCAUUUUAUUUUUACACGAUAAUACGAUAUAUUACUUUUAUUUUUUAUUUAUAUAUUUUUACGAACACUAAAUAUCGAUAAUUAUAGAUUUCCGACUUAGAACGACGUAGAAGUGCUAUACUUGGGCCAAAUUUUAACUUACACUAAUUAUAUCCGCAUAAAAAAUUAUUAUAGAAGCCUGAUUUUAGUAUUACUUUAAAUAUAUAAAUAAGUAUUAAAUUAUUGUUCAAAUUCAUAUGUCUAAUUUUAUUUUUAAACGGCUACUAAAUUAGGUGACUACUGUGGAGUAUAAGCUAUAAUAUAAUCAGGCAUCACGUAAGCUUUAUUUGUACUUAAUUAUUGUUUAUAUAUUUAAUUAAAGCAAAACCAAAUUCGUCACUAAAAUCAACCUUCUAUGACCAUUUUUUAUGAAGAUAUCUUAAAUUCAAAUUCAAAAUAAUAAUAAUAUAAAUAUAAUACAGAUAUUUAAUAGUUAAUCAAAUAAUAUAAGCAACAAUUAAUUUUGUGACUGUUUGACCUAAAUUAUGCUUAUCUAAUUAAAAAGAACUAUUUUAACUUUUACAGUUCUUAUCAUUUUCAUAUAUUAUUUUUAUGUAUAGAAACUAUAGGCCAUGUGUAUUAAAAAAUAAUAUAUCACAAACUUUUAUUUAAAAACAUUUUUAAAUGAUUAUUUUAGCCAUUGUUCAAUUUUCUCAAACGUAUGGUUCAUAUUAAUCUUUUAAUUAUUAAAAAUAAACUACUGAACUUAAAAUAUUGAUCAAAACUAAGCAUGGUAUAAUUCAAAAUUUCAUGUUGAUAAUGAAAAAUGUAUCAUUGAUAAAAAUUACUGUGCUGAUACUAAUAUUUUAAAAUAAGUAAAUUCUUCUCCAAGUAUAGCUGCACUUCUAUGGAAUUAUUAUUAUUGUACAUUUUUAUGAUAUUAUCUUGUGUUAACUAAUUAUUGUUAUUAAAAUAUAUUAAAUAUAUAAUAUAUUGAAGUUUCUUUGAUGUUUUAA